UGGUUCAGUCCACGCGGAGCCGUCGCUAUGGAGUGAAGCAGCCGCAGAGGCAGAUCCUGAGUGAAGAAGCCACAGCCACGGAGAGAAAGAAAGAGAAAGAGAAGAAGACAGAUUCGUCCACGGAAUUAGAGAGAGACAGCGAGAGCGGGAAUCAUGGAGAGAACUCAGCCACGACACGGACUGAGACUUUUUACAUCACUCCUCAUCUUUUGCGGACUUACACGUGUGAGCAGUAACCAUGUGAUCGUUCCUGAGAAGGUGAAUGCCGUGCUGGGGAAGAACAUCACGCUAGGUUGCAGAAUCGUGGUGGGCUCCAACCUCAGCCUCACUCAGAUCUCCUGGGAACGUCCCGUUUCUUCAGGCACCAUUACACUGGCAGUGUUCAACCCCAAGUAUGGAACGUCAUACUCUGAUGACUACGCCCAGCGCAUCUCAUUUGUGUCCCCCUCAAUACAAGAUGCUACCAUUACCCUCAAAGAGGUUGGCUUUGCGGAUAUCGGCUCCUAUAUCUGCAAAGUGGUGACGUUUCCUCUGGGCAACACUCAAGCGUCAACCUUGGUCAACAUAUUAGUGGAGCCUAAGGUCUACGUGUCCGCCGGCCCCACAGCUCUGCUGGACGGCACGAACGAGUCGCUGGUGGCCACCUGCAUAGCCGAGCGCGGACGUCCCGCCGCCGAGGUCUUCUGGGAGACAGAGCUGUACGGGCGAAGCGAGAGGCAGAAUCAGGAGGAGCCCAACAGCACCACCACUGUUCACGUGCAGUACCUGUGGAAGCCGCAGAGCUACGCCCAGGGGAAGGUGCUCACCUGCGUGGUGCGCCACCCGGCCUUGCAAACAGACUUCCGCAUCCCCUACACGCUGAACAUUCAGUUUGCACCGAUGGUAUCGAUAACUGGACUGGAAAAAAACUGGUAUGUGGGUCAGGAGAAUGUGAAGUUCACCUGUGGAGCCAAAGCCAACCCACCGGCCCGACACUUCACAUGGAUCAGGUUGGAUGGAUUAAUGCCCGAAGGUGUCGAGGUCUCAAACAACACCUUUGCUUUCACCCGCCCGCUGGAGCGGAAUGACUCCGGAGUUUAUCGCUGUGAGGUGAUGAAUGACAUCGGACUCCGCAGUCAGAAUGUUAACCUCUGGGUGCACGAUCCUCCCCCCACCACUGCAGGCCCCAGCACCACUGCACCCCUCCGUCACGACACUUCUAGAACUGGCACUGCCGUGGACCAGCAGAGAGCCCUGUUCACGUCCCCGACCCUGGCCUCUUUAAACGACAGCAGCCUGGGCACCAUCAUCGGCGGGGCCGUGGGUGGAGUUCUGUUCCUGAUCCUGCUGCUCAUCCUGGGCGGGGUUUGUUUCAUGCGUCAGCGCAGAACCUUCAGGGGUGACUACUACACCAAACAGUACCUGGGACCCUCCGACAUGCAGAAGGAGUCCCAGCUGGACGUGCUGCAGCCGCACGAGCUGCAGGAGGUCUACGGCGACAAGACGAGCAAAGGCAGCCAGGAGCUGAAACCAAAACUGGGCGGAGACAUAAUUUACCCCGACUACACCCCCGAACGCAAGGACAGAGACGACUGGGCCGACAAGGGCGACAUCCACAGGAGUCUCAAGGAGGGAAACUACUACCCCGAUCACUACACCCAAAAUAUGCAUCCAUGUGGGCCUCCCGUGCACAGCCCCAUAGGGAACAACGGCUCCCCCUACCUACCGGAGGACUGCUAUGACAAUGGUACGGACAGCGACUAUGUCUCGCACAUGGACGGAUCCGUGAUCUCGCGCAGAGAGUGGUAUGUUUGAGAGGAAGAGAAAAUCAAACGGACAAAAGACUGAGAAUAAUUUAACGAGUGGCAGAUAUAAAUAUCGUUAUCGGUUGUGUCAUUUCGCAGUGAGCUCUUUGAACAGUACUGCUCCACCUUGAUUGUAACCACUUAACCUUAAGGACACGUUUUCUGGAUUGUACUUCAGUCGCGUAGCUUUUUCGACGAGUCACAGAUGCGCCGGUGUCGGCCUCGAGGCCGUGGCUUAAAGAGAAGUCUCAAGUGACGUGAAUGAGUUUUGCAUUUGCACCUGUCUUUAACAGGCCACUGGUCAGGUGUUCAGGCCCUCGUUGCUGAAGUAUUUAUAUCCACGUCUGACUGAGCUCCACUCCCAUAAAAACCUGCUGUGGAAUUUUUCACAGUUGCUCCACUGAGUGCUGACAGCUUUUUCUUACAGGUGAUACCUUUAUCAUGGCUGCAAACCAGUUACACUUACAGCAAAUUAUACUGCAUGGUUUUCUUUUUACACGGCAAAAGAAAAUAUCAUCGAGGUAAAGGGAAAGUCACAUGACUAAAAGGGAGACGUAGAAAGGCAUUUCACUGAGGGGAAAGAAGGACGUUUGUGAGGUUGUGAGAAAAAGUAUCUUGUGUUAAUUAUUCAUGAAUCUUCAGUUCGCCUUUACCAAACAAAGUCAUCAUGUGGUUUUGCUUUGAUGAACUCUGAAAACAAAACCAUGGGAGCAUUUCGUUACACAAAGUCAGGACAGAAAAGUUUAGUCGAAUAAUUAAUUGUUGUUGCUCCGUUUCCCUUUUACAAAAAUCAAACACUAUGUGGUUAUGAAAAGAAAAAAUGUUAAGAAUCAUUUUGUAGGUCCUCUUUUCUGAGCUCAAGCAGUCAGUCGUACUGUAGUUAAAGUUAAAUCAAUUGUUUCCUAUGGCUGUUUCAAAAUAAGAGCCUCAGCACAGGUGGAGGCAUCAAACUGAAACACUUCUCAUUCACUUUAAAUGGAGCCGCAUUAAGUCUUGCCGGAACUUUGCACUGUGGGUCUGUCGCUGAGAAAUGUUUAAUGUUUAAAUGUUUCUGUCCGAGCAGCAGCGUGAGCACCAGGCAGUCAGAUCAUAUUUAUGUGUCGAAGCUCAAAUGUUGUGGGGUUUUUUUUCUGUUUGGUCAUAAUGUGAUCGACAUCACAACAAAGUCCGCUCUGACGGACGCGACAUGUGGCCUCCCGCGUCAGGCCGUUCACACGCAGUGUCUUUUAGGCACAAAUACAUUAUUUUUCAAGAGUGUGUGUUUUGAUACUUUGACCAAAGAUGUCAAAGGUCAAACUGGUCUUUGUCAACUCCAAAAUAAGCUCAGAAACCUCCAUCAUCCAGAUGAAGCUCUGGAAGCAUUUCCUUCAAGAAUUAACAUUUCUUGUUUUUUUCUCUCUUGAUUUCAGAAAAUGUUGAUCAACGUUACCCAAACCUCAAAAUCAUGAUGCAUCAUGAUGUUUUAUCCACACAGUUAUUCACAAAAAAGUUAUUAUUUUCGUCGGGAUGUCUUGAAAUGUCUCGGUUUUGUCCACAAACCAGAAUGAUUCAGUUUCUACCAGAAAAUAUUCACAUUUUAAAAUCACGCUGAAAAAUCUAAAAACCCUCCAACACGACAUUUAAUUGAUUAUGAAAUUAGUUUCCGAUCAACAAAACAGAAGCGCAGCCUCACAGGUGCUGUGGUUCAAGUUGGUUUAACUUGUUUGUUAACCUUGUAUUUCAAGGGUUUUUCUUUGUUAGAAGCUGCAUGUGAACGGCCUUAAACUGACACAUAUUCACUUUACUGUGAAGCAGCAGCAGCAGCAGCAGCAGCAGCAGUGGGAUCAGUAACUUCAGCCUGAUGGAGCUGAUGAAUUUGCUUCAGAUUUCAUGGAUUUCAGGAGUUCAGUUUUCUGUGAAUCCCUGUUUCUUGCGUAGUCCAGAUGAAUCCGGUGCAGGAUUGGCGUCCUGCCGUCACCACAAAGACCCGUAAUCACUAAAUGUAAACACGUCGGGCUGCAGCAUGAAAAUCGUAUAGAUUAGAACACAAAUAUCAGUAUUAAAUGCAGCUCUGGCCGUGAAGACGCACGACUCCGACUGUGUUUGUGUGUCAGCGUCCAUGACAACCGGCCAUCUUCUCCUCCGUCCUCCCUCCCUCCCUCUCGUCCUCCACUUUCUGUCUGCAGAGCUAACACCAAUUGGUCGUUACAGUUUUUUAUUUAAGCGCAGGAUCAAAGCGGCGUGUUAUAACUACCAGAUGUGACUACAACAGCUGUCAUCAUCCGACAUCAUGGGGCUCCGUAAACCGCCAACAGUUUCUCUGCUCGACGCAGCAGCCGCCGCCGCCGCCACAGCCGCCGUGAUUCAUGAUGGCAACUUAGCAAAAACUGAAUCUUAUUUUAUAUAUAAAUAUAUAUAAAAAUACGAUUUUUUUCUUUACUUUGUUUGUGUUUGAAGUUUUAUUCAAAUACCUUGGAAACACUGUGAGGGUCUGACAUCAUUAGUGAUCACACAAGUGGCUCAAAUGUUGAGGUUUGGCUUUGAGCAGACGCAGCGCUGUUCAUGGAAACUAGAAACUUAAUCCACCAGUGGAGAGAAGAAAAAAAAAAAGAGAAGAAAUUUGUUGCAGAACCAUCCAGUUUAGAGCUGUCUCUGUAACGGCUCCCUCCAGGGAUUUAUACAAAUACAGUGUAUAUUAUUUUCUUUUUCCUACAAACAACAAACCCGGCGACGUUUAGUCGAAACAAAAGACCUCAUCACUGAUCUCAUCUCUCACCGUUUGAUUUGAACCUCGCACUUUUCCACUUAGUGCUUCUUUUUUUCCCUGUUUCAGGAUCAAAGCGACCGCUCUAAAUCCUCACAUGAAAGCGAAAGCCUUGUCUUUUUUUAGGAAACUUCCCAGUUUAAUCAAUCAGAGUGUUUGUUUCUCGAAGGAGGAGCUAUAUUUGAGUGUCAGAGUGAGAUCAAAACUGGGGGGGAUUGGUAUAUUUUGAGGUCUCCCUUUUUUUUCUGACUUAUUGGGGUUUUAUAUAGUGUGGGUGCACACUUUCUCUUUUUUUAUCCCUUCUCCACCCUUGUUUUUUCAUGUCAGGGCUUUGGUUGAAGGUUCAGAUGUCUGAGAAUAAACUGCUUUAAUGUUUUUCAGCUCGCUCUCACUCCCAUCAUCGCACACACACACACACACACACACACACGCGGCCGCUGCACAUCUGCCGCUGCUGCCCACACUCAAAGAAGAGCGGGCCUCACCUCAAACCCUCUCAGCUUUUUAAUUAACUCUUGUUUCUCAACGCUUUUGGCGACGGCGAAAUUCUGUCGAUUCAGUGAAAUCGCACAUUUUGCACGAGUCUCUAAACAGCGUUUGAUUGAAAAACGAGUCGUGUUACUUUCAUAAUCGAUGAAUCCAUCGAUAGUUUUCUCGAAAAAUGUCAGAAAAUGUUUCCCAAACCUGGAAAUGAUUCAGUUUUAAUGAUUUCUUUGUGAUCUGGAGCGAAGAAACCAGAAAAUACUCACAUUUAAGAAGCUGAAAAAUCAGAAAACUUCUGUAAAAAUCAUUACAGCCCUAAAAAUGAACUGAAGCGAUGAAUGUUUGCCUUUUUUUUGGAUCUGUUACUUUUUGUCUUGGUUUGCAUGUAAGUUAUUUCGCUGCAACCGCGCUCAUAAUUUCCCAUCGCUAACGUUUGUAUACAUGUACAUAAUGCUGAUAGUUAAGGAUUAGCUGUUUCUCUCAUGGUUUAGUUUAUGUUAUGUUCAUGUACAGUUUUGUUUUUCUGGUCUCCCCUACUGAAGCGUCGGUGCCUUAGAAAUGGCUGAGCAAUGCACAGAAACUUUAAAAAAAAAACCAAAAAAAAAAAUUACUGAAAGGUUUCCACAUAAUUUAAUAUCAUUACAUUGUCUUCCACUGCCGGAUUUUACGAGUCGUCGCAGUAGACAAGAGGUUGAUUGUCGCGCCUUAAACACUUUGAACGGACACGAGUGUAACACGAGUUAGUUACCGAGAAAAAGGAAAAACAAAAGUAUAGUUUCACUGGGAUUUGAGGAAAGCCAGAUUCAAAGAAAAUAUUAUUGUCCUGUAAAUAAGCUGGCUGUUUUUUGUUUUUUUAUUGUUAUUAUAAUUAUUAUUAUUGUUGAGAAUAAUUAUUUUUUUGUAUGAGGUCUGUCAUUUUCACAGAGUAUUAGUUUGAGCAGCGACGCUGUUUUCUCUGCAGUUUUCUGUUUUGUUCUGAAGAGUUUCUGACCGAUUGUGUUUUGGUUUUGUUCUCCAUUGAAUGAUUGAUGUCUCACAGGAAUCGGAGAUGACGGUGCAGAAGCUUGUAUUUUUGUUCCUUUGUUUGCAAUAAAAAGAGCAUCAUUAUUGCA